GCUGCUUCAGCCUGUGCUGCACCAUCAUUACAGUUUCCCUCAUAUUAGCCGCGCAACAAGCUAGACGGGAUGGUCUUAUCAUUUAUUCUUGUCCAGAAUCGCCAGGGGAAGACGCGGUUGGCCAAGUGGUACGCUCCGUACAGCGAUGAAGAGAAGGUCAAACUGAAAGGCGAGGUCCAUCGUUUGGUAGCCCCAAGAGACCAAAAAUACCAAUCGAACUUUGUUGAGUUCAAGCGGAGUACGAAGAUCGUAUAUCGGCGAUAUGCGGGGUUGUUCUUCUGUGCGUGCGUGGACGCAACCGACAACGAGCUCGCCUAUUUGGAAGCCAUCCAUUUCUUCGUCGAGGUUCUAGAUCAGUUUUUCGGAAACGUCUGUGAGCUUGAUCUGGUUUUCAAUUUCUACAAGGUGUAUGCUAUCUUGGACGAGGUAUUCCUUGCAGGCGAAAUUGAAGAAACGAGCAAACAGGUCGUGUUGACGAGGCUGGAGCAUUUGGACAAAUUGGAAUGAGGGCAAGCAGUUUCGAGAAGGAUGGACCGCAACAGGGCGCAGAGGCAUUGAGCUCUUAUUUCAUACCUAGGUGGCUUCUGUUAUGGUUCAGUUGCAUAUAUGACCACAGGACUUGGUCAUCACAGGAGUUAGGGCUUUCUUGGAUUUGGUUCUUUUAUGUGGAUUGUGCCUGCACUGUUACAUACCUUUAGCGCUCGUCUGAAACCUCCACAUGGCGGUAUCUACUGUACAAAGUCUAAUACCCUACGCAAAAGCAUGCAUUUCUUAUGGAC